CCGCGCGGAAAGAAAGUCAUUGGAUGUCCUACGUGCGACUUGCGCGUGUGUGCCCAUCCCCCCUUCUUCUCUUUGGAGUUCCAGCCGGUCGCACGAAAAGUUAACUGCUGCUGCAAUCAGUUCUAGAAAAGUUUCCAAGCAGACGAGAAUAUCCAGUUGCUGCUGCUCGUUCGUAAAUUUAAAUCUUUUUUCAUCAAACGUUUGUGGCAUCAGCGAAAACAAUUCAUUCUUCUUUUUUCCAUAUUGUGAUAUAACAAUCAAAGGGAUCUGUGAUAUAUUUAUAAUUUUUUUCGACUGUUUUCAUUUUUUUGUACAUAUAUAUAUAUAUUGAAAAUUUUACUUCUUUUUUUUUAUAUAUACAAGAGGAAAACGAUUAGCCAACCGAAGAGCGGCAGUUUUAUUGAUAUUAUUUAUUAGUAGUACUUUUUUUUGUUUUCGACUUUUUUUUUACUGUAAUCGCUGGAUUACUACUUGGGCGCUUCGAUGUCGGACAUUAUGGAUCAACAGUUAGUGACAGCGAACAAUAUACAGCAAAAAGAUACAACUUAUACAAAGAUUUUUGUCGGUGGUUUGCCCUACCAUACCACUGACAAGUCGCUACGCCAAUUUUUCGAGGCGUUUGGAGAUAUAGAAGAAGCUGUGGUUAUCACGGACAGACAGACCGGCAAAAGUCGAGGAUAUGGAUUCGUCACGAUGUCAGACCGAGACGCUGCAGAACGAGCUGUGAAGGACGCCAACCCCAUCAUUGAUGGAAGGAAAGCCAACGUAAACCUUGCCUACCUUGGCGCCAAGCCAAGAAUAAAUGCACAGAAUGAUUUUAUGCUUUCAGGUUUUCCUUCCACGCUACGGGCGUCAUAUCCUUUCAUGAUUGGAAGCCAAUAUGGGUUACCACCGCAAUAUCUGUAUCCUUCCACUUACCUGCCAGCUCCUGGAUUGAUCCUGUCUGGUCCUGCCGCCCCUCACGCCCCACUGUCUCCGGCCGCCACUGCUGUGGCCAGCCCCUUCUUCGCCGAAUACGCCGCCACCUACCCUCCACAGUUCCCUAACGGACUGGAAGUUGGAUAUGCACCUUUCGCCGCUGCAACCUUAGCUUCGACUUCAGCUGGCCAUCACCAUCCCCACACCAACGGUGCCGGAUCAGCCGCAGCUACUCUGCCGUCCUACUUGUCUCCAGCCGCCCAUGCGCCCUAUGCCUAUGCCCUACAACCUCCAGCUCACCACCAGGCCAUUCCCACUGGAGCUCCGGCUCACUUCCCAGUGUCUUAUCCAGCGCAGCCCCAAGAUGCUCGAAUGCAGUGAUGUCGGAGGAAGUUAGGAAAGACUGGGUAUAUCUGGUGCCGUGCAUUGUGAAGAACCAUCCUGUCGAUAGCCAGAAGUCUCAUCUUCCAUGUUGCGCUGAGAGAAUUGGAAUGCAUCAUGCAACUUUCCCCUUGGAACAGUUUGCUUCUUAGUUCCUUUUAAAGAUAUUCGUUUUUAAGUGGAGGAUUCAUUAUUUGACUGCGUUUUAUCCUACCCUUAUUUUACAUUAUGUCCCGUUAUGCUGCGUACUCAUUUCGAAGGUAGGAAAUUGGGUUCAUAUCCUUUCCCUUUAUUGUUCACUUUAGUAACUAUAAUUUAUUUACUGUCAAUCUGCCAGUCACAGUUGUAAUUUUAAUUUUAAAUCCAAUUUUAGUCGAACUAAUAGUUUGCUUUUAUUUUUUAAGAACAAAAAAAAUUUCAUAUGCUUUAUAGGAAUAUUGAGAAACUCAUUUUAUUUUAAAAUUGUUUGUUUAAACCAUCCAAAAUUUAUCACAACAAAACAUAUUCAUUGUUCUAUUCAAGGAUAUUUUUUAUAAAAGCCUAACUGAAAAGUUUUUCCAAAAUAUUCAGUUCUUCAAGAAAGUACAUUGUGCACUGAAACGAUAUUUAAUUGUCUUGAAAGAUAUUCUUUCAUACUGUGAGUUAUCAUAUUGGAAAUAUGUAACGUGAUGGAAAUAUUGUAAAUGCAAAUUAAAAGCAUAAGUCCAAGCACUUGUAAAAAAAAUUUCCAUUUAUACUUACAAACAUGCUAAAUUUUCUGAAGUUACCAUUCGUCAUUGCAGCUUAUAAAUUGUUAAAAAAUAAUCGUUUUAAAUAUUUUCUUAACAUAGGCUGGCUUUUGACUUUUCUUUAGGCAUACUCAUUUUUAACAAGUUUUAAAAGUUCUAAAAAAUGUUCCUUUUUUAAUUUUUGUUGAAUAUAGAUGUCUCUAACUUUCUUGAAAGAAUUAAUUCAGAUUUCCUCUGAAUUAAUAAAUAUAUGUCCUCCUUAAUCAUCUGUAUUAAAUGUCCCAUGAAGUGUAGUAUGUACUAUUUCGAAAUUUGAAAGAAAUAUUUUUACUGAAAAUUGGAAUGCUGGCAUUACCCUUCUAUCAAUUUGCCAUGUAAUUUUCAGUCCCUUGAUUUCAAACUGUAAAGGUGGUUCAUUUGUAAUUCAUGAUUCAAAUGAAAAAACAACAUAUAAACGAACUUCUUAAACCUUAUAUUUGAAAUCAAAAGCAGAUUUCGUUUCCACUCUGUUUUCAUAAAGGUAUUAUAUCAUACUAUUCAUUUCGAAUAUAUGGAAGUCUGACACCAUUUAUACUCAGAUAUAAACCAUAUUCUGUUUAAAAAAAAAGAAGUGGCUAUUAUUAGGGCCACUAGGUGCCUUAUACUUUACGACUUUUAUAUACGAUAGUGAUCAGAGAAACGUUUAUAGGCGAACUAAAUUUGCGCUUUUAUUAUAUUCUUUAUUAUGUGUCGUCCUAGAUGUAGAUUACAAUCAUUGAGUACGCUAGUUGCCUAACGACAACUUACGUGCGCGCGGUAUAUGCUAAGUCAUUUAAAAUGACUUGAUGACAUUGAUUCGAGUCAGUUACAUCAAACUCGAAAUUGUUGUAAAGCUAAAGUUUUUAAUUCGAAAGUUUUCUGAAAUAUUUUGAAUCUUUGUAUCGAGUUCCUAUAAUUUUUUUUUCUAAUCAAAACUUAUUUUAAUACAUUGAUUUUUAUUUGAAAUUGUUUUAAACUUUUUAAUGUAGGUGCAAUGCAGGGCAAGUUAAUUUUUGCCCAAAAGAAUUUGUUGGUCUGAUUAUAUUUAAGAUGAUAAUCAGAGAACUGAAAUUUUGAAAAGAAUUUUGUUUUACAAUAAAUUUUAAUGAAAAAUAUAAUUAAUAAUUUAUUGUUAAUUUCUUUUGUUACAUAAUGUUCAUUUAAUAUUUUUAUUAUUUUAAACUUUUUUUUUUUUUUUAAUUAUUGUAUCAGAAAUGAAAAAGAAUGUUGAUGUUAUAAAAAGAUAUUCUGUGAUGAAAAUAAUCGUUUGCUUGAAAAAUCUAGUUUUACCUUGAUUAAUUUUUUAUAAAAAUCGUUUUCAUUUCUGAAAGAUUGUUUGAGGUGUUUUUUUCCUACAUUAAAAUAAAAUCGGUUUUAAUUCAUUGUUCUUGUUCUUACAAUGUUAAUUAAAUUUUAUUACUUUGUUCAAUAUCUUUUAAUAAUUAUUUUCUAAAUGCAUUCAAUUUUAAACCAUUUCAUUCUCAUUGAUUUCAAUUUUCGAUAGUUGGAAAAUUUGGCUUUACAAGAGCGUUUAAUGGAACACUACGUUCAUCAUGUCUUUUGAUAAGCACUGAUUUUUAAUAGAUGCCAAAGUAUAAUUGUACGAUGCAUCGUUAUGUUUAUUUAUAAUACUUUAUUAUAUGUACAAGUAGUUUCUAGAUAAAUGUGCUGUUCUAUUACAUCAUCCUAUUUUUCAGUCGUUAUAAAAAAAAAUUGUCAUCGAGCGAGCUACGCCUUUAUGUUCAUUGUAUCCAUUUCUAUUUCAUCAUCAUAAUCAUUUACUUAUUACAUUUUGUAAAAGCUACAUGUGAUACUGAGGUUAAUCUCUAGUCGAAAGAUAUUUUGGAAAAAUAAGCCUAUUUUACUGAAACAAAUGCCAUUUUUUACAUCUGUUAACUUUUGAUGAAUAUUUUGUACGAUUGCUCACAAAGUUCGAAAUGAAAGUUUGUUUUUUCAACUUGCUUUGAAUCUGACUUCAACUUGAGAUUAACAUCAUGUGAACUAUAUGCAGUACUAGAACAUUAGUAAGUAGCUGUUAGAAAGUUUUAAAAAAAAUUAGAAUUGAUCAUUUUGUAUAUAUUUAUGUGUAUAUUUAUUUUUAUCCAAAACUAAUUCUCCUGAUUCUGUUGACGAAUAUCCAAUGAGAUAUUUUGAUUUUUUUAAAUAGUUUUAUGAAUUUUUAACUCAUUUCUAAAAUUAAAUAUUUUGAGUUAUGAUGAGCGCAGAAUUACAUUUUAAUAACUUGAUUCGUUAUUCAAUUUAUUUUCUGAUUCAUUUUCAUUAAUAUCAAUAAAAUUUAAUGUAUCGAUUCAUUCAUCAAAUAGAUUUGUUCAUAGAGGAAGCUAUGCAGCAUCAAUUUUAUUAAAUUUUAGAUGUUCUAUUAUUAUUUGUAACUUAUUUCUUGAUAUCUGCACGUGUCAUCAGUUUUGUCAAUAUUUUAAAUUAUGCUUGGAUACAAAAUUUACUUGUUAGCUUCGUUUGUUAAACUUUUAACAUCUUUUUUUUUUUCGUGUACUUUGUACAAUUUUCAGUUUCUAUACCGCAUAUUUUAUUAUUUUAGAACAUUUUAUAUUUCUUUAAAUGUGUAAAAGAUAACCGUAGUAAAGAAAAUCGGAAUUGUUUCUUCAGGCGCUGCGACACGAAUAUAUUACAAAUCAACUUUUCUUAAGUUCUAAAAUAUUUCUUUCCUACAGUUUAAGAUGACUUUCUCUUAUUUUUUUAAAGAUGGGAAUGAUAAUAUGUCUCUUUAAAACAAAAAUUUGUAGAACUUCGGUAAAAUCACAGAGAAUUUCUUGAAUCGAAUUUAAGUAUUUUUUUAUUAUUAUUUUGAUGAAACUGUUUUAAGAAAAACUGUUUUAUUUGUAAGGCAUUUUUAUGUGCAUUGGCAACAAUGGAACGAGAAAAGAAAAUAAGAACAAGUUUUCUGCAAUUGGAAUUUGGAUAAUUAGUUUUGGAUAUUACUUUACAUUAUUUGUAAUAAAGUAUUUGUUUAGUAUCAUUCAUAUUAAUAUAUAAAAUGAAUUAAUUAUCUCAUGUUAUAGAAUUAUAUAAAUGUACAUUUUUUUUAUUUAUGUACCUUUACGCCUCUAUGUAUAAUUAAAGCUCCAGAAAGAAUAAAGUUGAAAAAUGGCUAUAUUUAUGUGCAUUCAAAAAUUUAUAGAUGUUAUUUUGUUCUAAAUGAUUAUCUGUUAAAAAUUUGCAAUUUGCUUCUCAUGCUGUUGCCGAUUUUAAAUUUUAUAAUAAAUACGCACUUGCUUUUUUUAGCACAGACAUUUAUAUUCAAUAUUUUCGAUGUAAAUAUUAAUAUUUUUAAAUAACAAAUUGAUGAAAAUAUCAUUUUUGUGAAUGAUGUCAUCGUCAAUUGUAAGCUAGUUCCAAACAUACGUACCUGAAAAUCAACCCGUUUGCUCACAAAAAUAGAAAAUGAUAUAAUAUUGUGUUUCCUAUAUUUUCAUUUUGCAUGUUUGUAUAUUUAAAAUAAUAAUCUUUUCAUAGUUUAAAACUUUUUUAAAAAAGUCUUAAAAAGCAUAAAUGCAAAGUAUGUAGGAUAUUUUCUUUUCAAUAUGCAUGGGGAAAAAAUCGUAUUUCAUUUAAGCAUGAAGAAUUGAAAUAAUAUUUCGAAUUAUUUUAAGUGACGAAUUUUAAUUCCACUUAUAGAGAAAAACAAAAAUUUACUUCUAAUGUUAAUUAUCUCGUAUGCCUAUUAUAAGGAGCUUUAACAAAUUAUCUUCAAGAAAUUCCUUGUUAGGUAAUAAAGUAUAUCAAAUAUUUUCUAAUGUGUCUUAUUUAUUACUUGCAUUUUAUAGUCAUGUGUAUGUGCCUCGAACAACAUGAACCAAAGUUGUACUUAAUGCGAAUAAAUUUAUAGUUGUCUUUAUUCGUUGAAUAUAAUUGUUUCAUCAGUUUCUUUGAGAACAGAAUCACUAACUGACAGGCCUUGUGUUUCUAUUCUCUAAACUGUAGAAGAUGCCACACUGUGUACAUUCAGUGGCUUUUCUGUCUAUAAAUUGUCAUGUGUUUAUCUUUAAUUAUCCAUUGCCUAUGAAUUAAUAUAAAAUAUUCUUUUUCCCAAUAUUUUUUUAAUUGUUUCUUGUUAAGUAAGGUGAUAAGAUUGAUUUUAAUAUUGGGAUCUUACUCUGCUUUUUCAGUGGAACCAGAUUUUAGCAACUGUAAAACUUUUUUGUCUCCUAUCAGCUAGAUAAAGAGCAAAUUAAAUUAAAAGUAAAAAAAAAAAAGAAUUAAAUGAUAAUUUCAAUGUUAACAGUUUUUAAGUAAAACAAAACAUUUAUGUUUGAUAAAGAAGCAUUUGUGAAAUUGUUUCUAUCUCAACUUUCUUCCCUGCAGUUCUAAAUAUCAGUUACAAAAAAAAAAUUUCCUAUAUAAAUUUCCAGGUAGUAAAAAAAUAAAUAUAAACUGUUUCAUUUUUUUAAAAAUUUUUGUGUUUGAUUGCAAAGAUACCAAUAAUAUGCAAAAGAUUAGAAAUUAAAAGUAUCGGAGUAACUUUUUGACUUUUACACAUCUGCAAAUGAAUUGAAAAUUCGAUGAAAAUUCUUCCCAUUAUAAAUCGAAUCCGCAUAUGUCUAGUCGAAGAUGCAUAAAACAAAACAUUAAGCCCAAUGAAUGUAAAAUUAACUCUCAACGUUUUAAGAGUUUGCAUUUACUUUUAUUGAAUUUCGUAUUAAUCCUUCUUCUAAGAACUUCAGAAUUAUCUUUGAAACAUCAUUAUGCUCAAUAUGUACAGUUCUUUCACUGUUAAGUAUAAAAAGGUACCGGCUUUCAUGUCACGAAUCAUUAAUGUUCGUUAAAUGUAUUUCAUGUGGUGUUUUAACUGUAUAUUUUAUGCUUAUUCGUUGUAGCUGAAUGCGCUGAUUUGUGUAAAAAAAAAUGUCUUAUGUAUAUCAUCUUCUCUUAUUAUGUUAAAUGUACUUAGAUACAUUGUACAAACAUCAAAGGAAAACUUAAUGUAUAUUUCUAAAAACAUGUAAUUCUCAAUGAAAAAAAAUUAUAUAAAGCUAUU